GUUUGCUGUAAGUGUUGGCUACUGGAAGGACCCUUACAUCCAGUAUUUUGUGAGACAAGCCAAAGAGAGAAAAGCACCUGAAAUCAACAGAGGCUAUUACGCUCGUGUUCACGGAGUCAGUUAUCUGAUUACAGCCUUCCUGAAGAAGACAGGAUGCAACUGCCAAAUCGUGAAUCUUGGUGCUGGCAUGGACACCCUGUUCUGGAGGUUGAAGGAUGAAAAUCUUCUCCCUAGAAAAUAUUUUGAAGUGGAUUUUCCAAUGAUAGUUGCAAGAAAAAUACAUAAUAUCAAAUCAAAGCCUCCCCUGUCAAAACCAAUUAUGGAAUCCCAUUCAGGGGACUCUCUUCUAAUAGAUUCUCACAGCCUAGACUCCAGUCGAUAUUCCAUAGUAGGAGCAGAUCUCCGUUUCUCAUCAGAUCUGGAGGAAAAGCUAAAGAAACAUAACCUGGAUAUACAUUUGCCAACGCUUCUGGUAGCGGAGUGUGUACUGGUUUACAUGACACCACAGCAAUCUGCAGAUCUUUUAAAGUGGGCAGCAAGCACUUUUCCAGUGGCGAUGUUUAUAAAUUACGAGCAGGUGAAUAUGACGGACCGGUUUGGACAGAUCAUGAUUGAGAACUUGCAGAGACGACAGUGCAACCUGGCUGGAGUGGAAGUUUGCAGAUCCUUGGACUCUCAGAGAGAACGAUUGCUGUUAAAUGGCUGGGAAACUGCACGUGCCAUUGAUAUGAUGAAAGUGUACAGCUUUUUGCCACAAGCUGAUGUCAAAAGGAUAGAAGGACUUGAAUUCCUAGAUGAAAAGGAACUGUUUGAACAACUAAUGCAGCACUACUGCAUCUGCUGGGCUUCAAAGGACAGCAGUAAUCUGGCCUUUUGA